AUGUUUUCUUUCUUAAACAAAAAAACCUCAAAAACAUCUCGAAAAAUUAUAAAAAUAUCAAAUGUUAAUAAUUGUAAAAAACGAAAGAGGGAUGUUGUUGAUGAUGCUAUUGAAAAAAUGACUAAAAGAC